AGGGCAAACGCAAGGAAGUCUUAUUGUCUCUCUAAACACCAUGAAACUUUCCAGAACACCAUGCCCAAUUCCAACCACGGCUGCUCUCAUUGGCUGCCUUCUCUUACUCGCUACAGUUUCAGAGGCCACAUUAUCUUGCAGCGAUGUAACCAAGGACCUUAGACCGUGCCUGAGCUACCUAGUAAAUGGUUCAGGGAAGCCACCUGCUGCAUGUUGUGCUGGAGCCUCAGCCCUCGCAUCUGCUGCAUCAACCUCUGCCGAUAAGAAAGCUGCAUGCGGCUGUAUUAAGUCAGCAGCCCAGAAAAUAAAUCUCAAAGUUCAAUUGGCCCAAGCUCUUCCAGGGAACUGUGGAAUCAACUUGCCUUUCACUAUUUCACCAAAUACUGACUGUUCAAAGGUUGGUUGAAGCUGUAGCAGCUUGAAGAUCUACACCAUUUGCAUGGAUAUAGUACUAUAAUAAUACCCAGUUCUGCACGUAUCCUGAAUAUCUGUUGAUGCACCUUUCGGAUUCCUCUACCAAAUUAAGUUAAUAUCGCCUACGUGUUUUAAUUUCUUCUUCCAAUAUUUUGUUACUAGUGUUGUUCUGGAUCAAAUAAAGUGUUGUGCCCGCAUCUAUGCCGUAGCAGAAUGACUUUUUUA